UACCUUCACUGAGCACCAACAACCCUCUGAGCGUCUUACUGAGGCAAACAUCUCCUCAACCCUCCCUCUGAUGAUUACAGCUGCACAAAUGACAACAUCUACACGUGUGCUUGCUCUACUAGCCUACUAAACCAUUCGCUUUGUGCGAGACACCAUGGACAUUCGCUCCGGAAUGGGUUGUUUGUUUAGUUUUCUAGGUCCUCGACAGACGCCAGUGCAGGUUCGUUCUGUAGCGUUACAACAGACAGAAUGAAUCUCUGACUGGAACGCAGAAACAGCGCGAGAACAACCACUCCGACGUGAGCGAGGACUAAAACUUUUGAAGAAGAGAGAGAAAAGAUGUGCUUAUAAGACAUUAAUCCGUCUUAACAGGUAAUUGACAUAAUUGUCCGUUAGCCGCUGCAGUCAUGGAUCUGAAGGACAGACGGCAGCGCUCUCUGACACAGGGUCAGCGCGGAAAGGAUCUGCACUACGCCACAUCCUCUCUGGACAGUGAGAACUACCAUAUAGUGUCACAGAAAUCAUACAGUUCCAGCAAAACGCUGAAGGCCUAUCAGCAGGAUGGACACCUGCGCUAUGGAGGAUGUGUUGCGGAGCUGGUGCACCAGGAGACAGAAGAGUAUGUCAGACAAGCUUACGUGGAGCUGGCCCCGGUUGCCGUUCGUUACUACGUUUCAGGGAGCUUCGCAUUGGCAGAUCUGGGCAUGUGUGAGCCUCCCCCGUCAUCCACUGUAUAUUGUUCCGAUAUAAGCCUACUGCAGGACAGAUACGGUCUGAACGCCGGAUCCGACGCCGACUCGGACCCCGAGGGGGUCAUGACCCCAGAGCGCGCCGUCCAGCUGUGGAGCGGGCAGCCCCUGAAGUCCCGCCGCAGCUCUUGCCUGUCCAGCCCCAACCACUCGGUUCUCACUCUCACCGACUCUGAAAACGAGCACAAGACUGAUGAAGAAUCAGGUAGGAAAGAGAGAGAAAAACACUUGGGUGUGGAGAAAUGAAACCAAUGAAGAGACAAAUGAAAAGACACUGAUGAUUGGAGAUUUGUCA